AUGGUGCACAGAGUGGCGGUGAUCGGGGCCGGCCCCUCCGGCCUGGCCAGCAUGAAGGCCUGUCUGGAUGAGGGCAUGCUGCCAACAUGCUUUGAAAGCAGCGAUGACAUGGGCGGACUGUGGAGGUUCAAGGAAGUGUCAGAGCCCAACAGGGCCAGCAUCUACCGUUCUCUCACCAUCAACAUCUCCAAGGAGAUGAUGUGCUACAGUGACUUCCCCAUCCCUGCAGAUUACCCCAACUACAUGCACCACUCCAAAAUCCUGACAUACUUCAGGAUGUAUGCGGAACACUUUAAACUGCUGCAACACAUUCGCUUCAAGACCUCGGUGAAGAAUAUUAAGCAAAGGCCGGACUUUUCUCACUCUGGUGAGUGGGAAGUAGUGACAGAGAGUAUAGAUGGACAGCAGGAGAGCCAUGUCUUUGAUGCAGUUAUCUGCUGCAGUGGCCACUACACCUACCCUCACCUGCCACUCAAAGACUUCACAGGAAUUGAGACAUUUGAAGGGAAAUACUUCCACAGCUGGGACUACAAGGGGCCCGAGGACAUGUCUGGGAAAAGAGUGGUGGUCAUCGGCAUCGGUAACUCAGGAAGCGACAUCGCGGUGGAGAGCAGCAGAGUGGCAGAGCAGGUUUACAUGAGCACUCGUCGCGGCACCUGGAUCAUCCGCCAGGUUUCGGACAAUGGCCUUCCCGUUGACAUGCAGUACAACACGCGCUUUGUCCACAUCCUCUUCCAGCUGUUGCCCAUCAAGGUCAUUAACUGGAUCGGCGAGAAUAAAGUCAACGCCAUGUAUGACCACAGCAUGUAUGGCCUCAAACCCAAACACAGACUCUUCAGUCAGAUCCCGGUGAUCAACGACGAUCUGCCUUUUAAGAUUCUGUCCGGGUCGGUCAUCCUCAAACCAAACGUGAAGGAGAUCCGUGGCUCCACCGUGGUGUUUGAUGAUGGCAGCACUGUGGAAAAGGUAGAUACAAUCGUGUUCUCCACCGGUUACAACUAUGAUUUCCCCUACAUGCCGAGCAGCGCCGUGUACAAGUCUGGUCACCGUGUGGGUCUGUACAAGCACGUCUUUCCUCCCAAGAUGGAGCAUCCCACUCUGGCCGUCGUGGGUUUCAUCCAUGCCCUCGGAGCCAUCAUGCCCCAGGCUGAAAUUCAGUCUCGCUGGGUUGCACGUGUCUUCAAAGGACACAACAAGCUGCCUUCAAACCGGGCCAUGAUGAAGGCAGUUGACAAGGACACCAAGAACAUAGAGAAAAACUACAUUGUGUCGAAGUUGACGCCACUGCAGGUGGACUUUGUUUCCUACAUGGAUGACAUAGCGGGAGAGAUUGGGGCGCGGCCGAGUCUCCUCUGGCUCUUCUUCACAGACUACCCGCUGUUUCAGAGGGUUCUGUGGGGACCCGUCACAGCCUACCAGUACCGCUUGAUGGGACCAGGGAAAUGGGAGGGAGCCCGCAGAGCAAUCUUCACCCAGUUUGACCGCAUGUUCCAGCCCUUAAAGACAAGAAAGCUGGAGGCAGAAGAGGCCUCCGUCUUUGGUCGGCUGACUAAGCUGAGCCUCAUCGUCAUGGCCGGAGGAGCUGCCGUCUACUACGUCCACGCGCGCAACCCGACCACCAUCCCCGCCCUGCUGUCCAAGCUCCGUCCAAACCGUCUGAACGUGCUGCAGUAA